UAUCUAAUAACUUUAUGAACUACAACAUAAAAUAUUAAUAUUAAAAAUUCAUCGAUGAGAAACGUUUGAAAUGCCAGGUUGCUCACCCCUGAUGUAAACAAAACAAUUACACAUCGAUAUCAAACGUCCCAAAAAGGCGCAUUUUUCAAAGUUUUCAUCAUCGGUAUCACUUUUCUCAUUGUUGCGAUGGUUUGCGAAAAGUGCGAAAAGAAACUGGGCAAGGUUAUUACACCGGAUCCGUGGAAAGCCGGUGCCAGAAACACCACCGAGGGUGGUGGUAGAAAAAUCAACGAAAACAAAGCGCUUUCGAGCGCAAAGGUACGAUACAAUCCGAUGGCUGGAAAUUUUGCACCCUGCCGGAUAUGCAAGCAAAAAAUUCACCAAGCCGGAUCACAUUACUGUCAGCAGUGCGCCUACAAGAAGGGAAUCUGUGCGAUGUGUGGCAAGAAGCUGUUGGAUGUGAAAAACUAUCGCCAAUCGUCAACGUAAAGAACGCCACCACACGCGACCACACGUUUAGAUAAUAAUUGGACACCACUAACGAAAGCAAGUUCGGAUGAUGACUUACAACCGCGUUCACUUCAUGGAGAUUGUUUUCAUUCUUUGUAUAUUCAUGACUCACUUUACUUUUAGCAGAUGAAAUGCAAUCGUUGUUUAUCGCGGGUUUUAAACUACACUA